AUGUCAGUUGAUUUAACUUUAAUACUAAACAUUAUCAGUUCAUGGUUAUUGAUAAUUACAAAGAGCGAGAUCAUACAAAAUAGUAUACAUAUAUCAUUAAAUUCUUCACGAUCUUUUCAUUCUUGUACAACUUACACUGAUAUUCCUUUGAUAGAUCCAAUUACAGCAACUAUUAAAAGUUUAGCAGAAGAUUUAUCAGCUUGUCGUUAUUCAUCAUUUGAUCUUGUCCGUUGGUAUUUAACUCGUAUUGAUGCUGUUAAUCGACAAGGUUUUCAUCCACUUCAUGCUGUUAUUGAAACAAAUCCUGAUGCUCUAACGAUUGCCAAUGCACUUGAUCAAGAACGACAUAUAUAUGGUUCAAGAUCAUUGCUUCAUGGAAUUCCUAUUUUAAUUAAAGAUAAUAUUGCAACAAAUGAUAAAAUGGAAACAACAGCUGGUAGUUUAGCACUUGUUGGUUCUCUUGUACCUCGUGAUGCAUUUAUUGUUCAACGAUUGAGACAAGCAGGUGCAAUUAUUUUAGGUAAAACAUCAUUGUCAGAAUGGAGUAAUUUUAAAUCGGAUAAUAGCACAAGAGAUGGAUGGUCUGCACGAGGUGGUUUAAGCAAUUCAGCUUAUGUUGCUGAUGGAGAUCCAUCAGGAAGUAGUAGUGGUUCGGCUAUUGCUACAAGUGCUGGUUUAUGUGCAGCUGCUAUAGGAACAGAAACUGCUGGUAGUAUUGUUAUGCCUUCAAGUCUUGCAAAUAUUGUUGGUAUUAAACCAACAGUUGGUUUAACAUCACGUUCAGGUAUUAUUCCAAUCUCACAUGAUCAUGAUUCAGUUGGACCUAUGGGUAAAACUGUUGAAGAUGUUGCUCUUCUACUCGAAAUUAUACAAGGUGUUGAUAGUCGAGAUUAUGCAACACAACAAAUAGGAAUUAUUCGUCAUCAAAAUUAUACACAAUUUUUACUUGGUAUUGAAGGACUUCAACAUCUUCGAUUAGGUGUUAUACGUCAAGAUAUUCAUAUAUCAAAUGAAAGAGAAGAUAAAAUACAAAAAGCUAUUGAAUUAAUGCGAUUUCAUGGUGCAAUUGUUAUUGAUCCAGUUAAUGUAAGUGGUAUUGGUGAUAAAAAUCUACUCAAUGAUUUAGUAUCACUUUUUCGUUAUAAUUUUCGUCAUGAUAUAUCAAAUUAUUUAUCUGAACUUAAAAAUACAAGAAUGAAAUCAUUAAGAGAUCUAAUUGAAUUUAAUAUAGAACAUGCUGAUCAACAAUUUCAUGAUGUAUAUUCUCCAAAUCAAAAUAUAUUUAUUUCGAGUGAUACGCAAAGAAACUUCACAGCUAAUGAUUAUGCAAAUUUAUAUAAUAAAACUCGUCAAUUUGAUGGUCAAUAUGGAAUUGAUGCAACAUUAAUUCAAUACAAAUUAGAUGCACUAAUUGUAGCUGAUACUAAACAUUAUAUCACCUAUAUGGCUUCAUCUGUUGGUUAUCCAUUGAUUGUUGUUCCAUUAGGUUUUAACGAAUCAAAUAAUGAACCUUAUGGUUUAAUGUUUGCUGGAACGGCAUGGUCAGAAUCAAUUCUUUUACGUAUAGCACAUGGAUUUGAACAAGCAUUACCUAUACGAAAUACUAUUCGACCAAAAUAUGCUGAACAAAUUAUAUCUAUUCGUCAAUUUCUCUUACGAAUAAUUGAAUUUAUAAAAAAUCUUGAACUAUUUUAA